UGUCAAUUCCCGAAUUUUGGUGGGUUUUUUUUUUUUGUUUGUUUGUUUUUUCUCUUCCAUUCCAGCAGAGAGCAAAGGCAGUAGAGAAGACUCCUCCAACAAAGCAAGGAGGAACUUGCUAAGACAAAGGACUGGUGGACUACUGGUGCAUGUCUAAGUCACAGACCGAAGAAAAGAACUGAAGAUCAUUCCUCACAUACCAAGAGAGAUGUCUCGCCCUGCACACAAAAAGCCAGAGUAUCACAAAAUAAACAAAGACCUUUUUGUACUCACUUAUGGAGCUCUGGUUGCCCAGCUAUGCAAGGAUUAUGAAAAAGAUGAAGAUGUGAACAAAUACUUAGAUAAAAUGGGUUACGGAAUUGGAACACGGCUGGUGGAAGAUUUUUUGGCUCGAUCCUGUGUGAGAAGAUGCCAUAGUUAUUCAGAAAUCAUAGACAUAAUUGCCCAGGUUGCCUUCAAGAUGUACUUGGGAAUCACGCCAAGUGUGGCCUGUCACAAUUCAAGCAGAAAUGAAUUCUCCCUGAUUCUGGACAAGAAUCCUCUGGCAGAGUUUGUGGAGGAGCUCCCUGCGGGACGAUCUGCGCUGUGCUACUGCAACCUACUCUGUGGGGUCAUCAGAGGAGCCCUGGAGAUGGUUCAUUUGGCUGCUGAAGUUACAUUCUUGCAAGACAGACUAAAAGGCGACAGUGUGACAGAAAUUGGAAUAACAUUUCUAAAAAAGCUGGACGAGAAAAAAUAUAGACGGAAAAAGUGAAGACUGGCAACCACAGUGCCAUGGGUGGCUAGCUGAACAGCGAGUAUUAACCAAGCACACAGCCACGGAAGUUUUGCAUUGCCUGAUGGCAUGGGCUUUGACAGGCUUAUGAAUCUUAAUGUGCAUCACACAUUUUCAGGAUUUCAGAUACAACUAGCUCCUUAUAAAACAGCAAGCAUGAAUUCCACAUAUUACUCAAUCCAGCCUCAGCCAGUCUCUCUAGCCAAUUACCUGUGGCAAUAGGAAAAAAUGGAUGAAAUGAUACAGCAUUAGAGAGAGACAGACUCAGCCAGGUGGUGGUGGCACAGGCCUUUAAUCCCAGCACUCAGGAAGCAGAGGUAGGUGGAUCUCUGUGAGUUCAAUGCCAGCCCGGUCUACAGAGCGAG